AUGAGUUCCGUGGCCUCGAAAGGCACGAAAGUUGAGUUGCUGCCUCCUGGUCAUGCAGUAUACGGACAAGUCUAUAAAGUUGUUCUCGAGCCCGCGACGACGGCACCGAGCCAAACAGGCAGCGGCUGCGACGCGGCCCCCGAGGAACCUGCAGCACCUGUUGCACUGCUUCCGCCGCCAGCCAUUGGCGAACGUGUCGCUAUUCACUACCGCGCCUAUGUUGCAGCAAGUGAUACCGACCUGAAAGGAGAGCCCGACUCGCAGGGUCGUAUACUUUUCGACGUUUGCGACAGCGACGUAGCUGACGCAGUUGCACCGUUCACGUUCGUGCUCGGCCGACACCAGGUGAUCCCGGUGGUAGAGCUGGCGUUAUUUACGAUGCGGGUCGGAGAAAAAGCUCUUGUAUGCUGCCGUGCGCCAAAAUAUGCCUACGGCGAUCGCGGUCGCAAAGGCCGUGGUGGACGCUGGGUGGUGAAACCGAACUGUGCGAGCAUUGAGUUAGAGAUUCACUUCUUGGGCACGGUGCGAAUCGUUGACGGCCGGCCGCAGCUCCUUGCGCUCAACGGGGUUACGUCUUUGCCCUGGCGACCUGAGGCGAAAGCCCUCGACGGCGCAUGCCAAGGCGGCGAUGCCCCCAAUGCACCCCAAUCAUUGUCAUCGGGCGCACUAGAGACCGAGGCCAAUGGAAGCAGUGCAAGCUGCGGAGACGGCACGACAAGCCCUCCGACAGGCAGCACAGCAGGCACACAGAGCGUCACCGCACCUCCACUGUUACGAUUCCGGAAGACGCGUGCUUUUGCAGACCUUGAGACGGAUGCGGAUCGGCUGGCGUACGCCCUGGAGGCAAAGGAGCUCGGGAACUACUAUUUCAAAGGAGGCCAGCUGGAGGCAGCCGUACAAGAGUAUGAGGUAGCGCUUCAGACUUUGCAGCUCUGGGGGAAAGCGCCAUCGAAUCAGAGCGGUUCCUCAAAGACGAAUGAGGCUGAUGAUACUGGAGACCUGUCCAUUCAGACGCAACGGGAACAACUGACGCGCACGCUGUUGAGUAACUUGGCUCGGACGCAUUAUCGGCUGGGCGCGUACCACGAUGCGAUACGCCUAGCAGACCUGGUGCUCGAGUCCGCGCAACACGGCAAGUCCGACAAACGAGAAGAAGACAGAGUUGCCCCAGCAGCUGAAGGGGCAGCUGCAGCCGGCGAGAGCGCGCACUGUUCGCUCGUGGGCAAAGCGCUGUUUACACGUGGCCAGGCUCAGCGCGAGCUAGGGAAUUACGAGGACGCCAAACGUGACCUACUACAGGUAUUGCGUCUUGAACCGAAACAUACAAUCGCAAAGAAAGAGCUCGAGCAAUUACAGCGACUGAUCGAAGUUCAUCGUAAGCAGGAAAAGAGAACAUUUGGUGGCAUAUUUUCCAGUACAGCGCGUCGAGCACCGACCGCGAGUCAUGUGACCACAUUCGAUGGUGAUUGA